AUGCUACCACCUACAAACAGACGUAAGCAGCCACAACAAGCGUCCAAUAACCCGACCCAGGACGCCCACCACCAUCAGCAGCAAAAUCUAAAGGACACCCUCUCAGAUCAUUCAGACCCCCAAACAAGCACCGAUGAAGACGAGCUAAAAGCUCCUAAUGAGAUUCCUUUGAGCAACCUGGCCAAGGGCGGGCCCUCCAGAACUUCUUUCCGCCACAAGCACCAGCUCGGCGGCUGCCUCGCCGCCCUUGCCAACACCCUUGUCCUCCCCCUCACGGCGAGAGCUGCUUCAGACCAUCCCAGCUGGCGGCAGCGGCAGGAAACGGAUCUUCAAUCACUGGCCUUGGCCCUCGAGGGCCAUACACCCGUCGCCGUCGCCGCUGCUGCUGCUACUGCCUCGAUAUCCUCAACAACCAGACCAGCCGAGUACCCACCAGAGCACAUCUUCUCAUCAACCAGCCCAGCAAAGCACCCACCAGGGCUCAUUGAGGCCGUUGUCGCCGCCCCGGAGACGACCGCCGCCUCCAGCCCCCCUCCCGAGCCCGUGGUGGCGGAAGACGCUCCUACAGCCACCUACUCCCCAGCGCAAUUGCUUGAAUCCACAUUGCCAUUGCCUCUCAGCCCUGCCAUCUUGGAGGCGUACAGCAUCUGCACAUGCAAGUUGUUGGAGGAGGAGCUCGGACUGAGCGCCGCGUACGUCGAGGCCAUCGACUGGCUCACCACCACUUUCAACAACCACACCACCUCCCCUGAGUCCCCAAACCCCGCCGUCCCUGAGCCCGUCUCGACCUCGCCCCCAGACAACAACGGAAGCUUGGCUGGGCCCCAACGCAAGCGCCACAAAGCAAAUUCCAAGGACUUUGAGCUCAUGUUUCAAAGUGAUUGA